AUAUACUGAACAAUCAAACAUACUUACAUAAGUCGAAAGAGAAACAGAAAAGAAUGGUUUUAGCUUUUCUGGUUGUCGUUUCAUGUUUGAUAAGUGGAAUAACGUUUGUUGCAGGCUUAUCGUUUACUUUGUCAGCAUCACGCAUAAAAUUAGGAACUACAGGAACAUUGACAAUGACAUGUGAUGUUACAGAAGUAGAUGCAUCUGUGAUAUACAACAUUCAAAUACGACGAGAAACUGACCCAGGGUCUAACUACACAUGGGAAACCAUCGCUGAAAUUGAAGCAGGUUUAACCGAAAUUCCAGUUUUAGAUAAAGAUAUUGUAAAUGACAAGGGCUUUGUCCCAGGAGGUGUUUUGAAUAAAGAUAGACCAAUUUACACUUAUUUAACAUUAGAUAUGAAUACAGAGAAGCUGACAUUUAGUGACGCCAGAGACUAUAGAUGUGAGCUGACCUAUAAAAGUAACAUUACUGGUAGCGUUGCAUCAGUUAAAAGAAAUGCAAGCCUUUCGAUUCUAGGUGAUGAUUGCAACGACAAAACACUGUCAGACACAAAGGAAAGCUCAGAAUCUGUAAGCAAAACCACAUUCGUGAUUGUUUGUGCUUGUUUAGGGUUGUCAAUUAUCGUAACAAUAGUGGCAAUAGUGUAUGCAUGUUAUUUGACAACGAAGAUGAAAAAGCCAAAAGAAGUAAAAUCAAAUGAGGUUGAGGUUGAGAAUAUACCAUUCCCUGUAGAAGAAGAAAGCUAAUGCCGCGGUAGUGCUACGUACGAAGGGACCAUGGUCUUGAGAAACUGACGUUGAGUGUUUCCAGCAGCUUUUGUUUGAUAUUUGCCCAAACACCGGACUCUAUGAAUAAAAAUAUAUUUAAACACUUCGCAUGAAUAAACCAAAUGUCACUUCUUGAUAACUGUCAGCUGAAAUAUGCAUGAAAAUGUGAAGUUUUGAAUGAAACUGAUUCAAAUACAUUACAAAAACCU